AUGGAUGAUGCUUUCAAAUUCAUCAUUCAGAAUCAUGGACUCGACACGGAAGCCGGAUACCCCUAUCAGGGUGUUGACGGAACAUGCAAUGCAAACAAAGCAUCCAUCUAUGCAGCUACUAUUACAGGGUAUGAAGAUGUCCCUGCCAACAAUGAGCAGGCGCUGCAAAAAGCUGUGGCAAAUCAACCGAUUUCAGUAGCCAUUGAUGCUAGUGGAUCUGACUUUCAGUUUUACAAAAGUGGUGUUUUUACUGGUUCAUGUGGAACUGAGUUGGAUCACGGUGUCACUGCCGUGGGCUAUGGUGUCAGUAAUGAUGGAACCAAAUAUUGGUUGGUUAAGAACUCAUGGGGAACUGAUUGGGGUGAAGAAGGAUACAUUAUGAUGCAAAGGGGAGUCGAAGCUGCUGAAGGCCUAUGUGGCAUUGCGAUGCAAGCAUCUUACCCUACUGCAUAA